CUCCUACCACUACGCAGUCUCAGAUCGUCUUUCCAAAUCCCAGAACCUAAGCUCGCACACUGCCGUAGAUACCCAUGAUUCUCUGCAAGGCUUACGUUCCUCCCCGCCUCCGCUUUUCUGCUGUCGGGUGCAAUACUUCCACGACUUCUCCACCUUGUUGCACGGCUGCUGCCUCUGUUGCCGGAAGCGUUUCCUUUGAGGUCCUACCUGUUAGCACCACAACAGUCCAAAGUAAAGUAGAAUAGGGUUCCCCUGAUAGCGAUAUUCAAUGGCGUGUUUCGUAAGGUAUAG